AUGUCUUUAGUUCUAGAUAUCAACUCAUACUUCAAUAAUACACCCGUUUUGGAGUGGUCAUAUCAUGGUUUUUUAAAUGCUUUGAAACCUUACUUCAUAUCUGAUCUAAAUUCGAUUGAGAACCUAAAUUCAAUAAUGAGGAAGCGAUAUUUAGCUUGUUUAAAGAACUUUCUGGAUGUAAAAGAGAAACAAGGUUUGCAAAACGGACAUAAUGAAGAACAUUAUGAAUUUGUAACUCUUCUUUUGCGGCAGAAGGAACCUGAAACGCAAAAAAUUUGGAAAAUUGUCGAACUAGAGAGAAAUCUAGAGAAUGAGUUCGAAAACAAAAAGAUAAUUGUCAAGCGUAAAUCACAAAUAGACGGGCUGGAGUUGGUUCAUGUCUCUCGUCAGCAACAAAAUCUCGAACUUGUUGAUGAGUUAAAUUCAGAGAUACGGAAAAAACUGCGUUUUAACGUAGAGUCAAUAGGAAUAGGUGCAAGGUCUAGUAAUGAUGAAAAUAGCCACAGGGAUGAUAGGCCAAGGACCCCGACUCAUCAAAUAUACUCUACGACUACAAAUCAGGACAUUAUUGAUCGGCUACUAAAAGAAAAACAGCGAGCUAAAUCGACAUU